AUCGUUAAAACAAAAAGUGUAAACAGUUCGUAGGCGAAUAUCAUUUUAUGUAGAAAUACCUAAUAUUUUUUAACGUCAUAACCAUUUAUUAUCAUAAUAUAUUCGAAAUUUUGAUUGUAGUACAAUCGCCUCAAUUUAGAUUUAAUACGAGGCACUAAAAUAGGAAUUGAAUUCAUCAUGACUGAUCCUACUUUCAUAGAAAUCAAUGAAAUUAAAGGUUUUAUUACUUUUUUACAAAACAUCGAUUGGUUUGAUCCAUGGCUCCUUGGAUUAAUAGCAUUUCACAUUUGCAUCACAUCAACUGCAUUGCUAACGAGGAAUUGUGGAAACUUUCAAGUGUUUUUGUUUCUGGUUUUAUUGCUCCUGGUGUAUUUUUCGGAGAGUAUCAAUGAGUAUGCUGCCAUUAAUUGGAGAAUAUUUUCGAAGCAACAAUAUUUUGAUGACAAAGGUCUAUUCAUAUCAAUAGUGUUUUCGGUGCCUAUUCUCUUGAAUUGCAUGUUGAUGGUGGGAAGCUGGUUAUAUCAGUCCACACAGUUGAUGACUCGUCUUAAAACGGCCCAGUUACGACAACAGAUUCGUCAGUCGAAUAGUCGCCAUAGGAUAAAAUUGGAUAAGGAAGAAUGAAAACACAUACGCAUUUUGUGCUAUUUUCAUUGAAAUCGUGUACUGAAGUUUUAUAGAAAUAUGUCAUAAAACAGCAAUUAUUAGAAAGCGAUGUUUUAUGAUAAAAUAUGGCAGGGUUCACAUCACUUCUAAAAUUUAGAUGAUUGACAAUGCAGACCGUAGAGCAGACUUGGGUGUGCCGAUUUAAAUUGCAUUCAAACACAUUACUGAUGAUACGAUUGAUAUUCCAUCGAUUGUUAAUUUUGUAUGGCAUAGUUGUCACUUUUCAUACUGGCCAUAACUUUGUAUAAAGAUUGUUUGGCAUAACGAAAAAUCAGAAGAUCACAACUGCGAUAUUUAGACUUUUGUGAUAUUCUAGAUGUUCCUGGUAUACGUGGUAUAUGGAGAGAUUGGACCGUCGAAUAGCAACAAAGGAACUAUUGGUAUCACAAAAGGUAAAGCAAGUCAUGUUUUGUCGUUUUUAGAGACUUGAUCGAUUGUCUUGUAGCAUUUUCUAAAAAAAUCCCUAUUCACCUUGUGGUGGUGUGAUAAUGCCUUUUUCUUGUCAUUAAAUAUAUUGCAAUAAUACAUUUGAACUUGAUUUUUGGUCAAUUUCUGGAAAACUUUGCGAAUAGUGAAAACAUCGAUCUUUACUGGUAUGAUAUCUCCGGAACCGAAAUCUACAACCAUUUAAUUUUCGAACUUGAUUUACGAUCCAAGAGUAGUUUGAAACGAGCCUACGUUUGUGGAAAUCGGUUCAGCUCAUCGAAGAUGAGGAAAUUGGGUGGAGAAAAAUCUUUGAAAAGUGCACGCAUAUAUUGUUUCGCCGAGCUGAGUCGAAUAGAGUAUAACACUAGGAGUUUUGGGACUAUGAUCAAAAGUCGGAUUUUCUAGCAAUUCUGAAAGUCUUUCCGGCAACGAAAGAUUUUGUUGAAAUUUGUAGUUAACACUACAAUCAGAAACAAAUAUUUGAGAAAUGUGGAAAUAGAAUAAUUAAACAAAAGCGCAAUUAUUUCGCCACCGUACCAAACGGAGGAUUACCGGCAGAUCUAUGUUUACUCCACUGUCUAUAUUGUAUUCAUCAAACAUACUUAGCAUUCUAGGAGAUAUAAAAAUGUGCUAGAAUUGUAAGGUGUUGAAGUGUUUUACUUUUAGAAACUAAUGUCAACAAACAGCGGUGUGUCAUGUAGAACAUGAAUGUUAAUAUAAUAACGCACCCACGCUUCGUUAGGUAAUUUGCUCAUUCGAACUACUUUGCAACAGAUGAAUUUUUAUUCUAUCUUUUUCUCCUGAAGAAAAGAAAUGGAAAAAAUGAACUGAUUUAAUAGAAGUUUUUUUUGCUGUAUACAAACUCUGAUAAUGACUAAAUUGAUUGAAACAGUCAUAUAUUAAUAUACAAACUUACUAUAUUCGUUAAGAAGUUUUGUAUAACUCAUUUUAUAGAAGAAUACGUUAAAAUACAGCAACUAAAACAAUAUUUCAGAUCAUCAUUUGUAGUCUGAUGCUGCAUACAGGUAUAUAUAUA